AUGCCAAUAAGACGAAAUCGUUCAAAAUUGAUGUCGCCUACAACGUUGACUUUAUUGGCAAGUCAAACUUUAAACUGUUCACUUCCGACAAUACAUAAUUCACUAAUGGUUUCAUACAAUUCAAAUAAUCUAACACUACCAACAGAGGCAACAACUCCGAUAACAUUACAACUAAAAACAAUCGCUUCAGGUUCAACUUUUAAUCUAACAUACAUACAAGUCAUUGGAUUAGCUAAAACAAAUUAUGAUAUUUUUGCGAAACAUAAAAAUGAUAUUUGUCGAAAAUUUGAACAUGUCUUAAUUCAACUGUUUAAUUCAUUAAAACGAUCUCUAUCUCUCAUUGAAAAUCUUACACAAAUCUUACAUCAUUUUGAUUAUAGCCCUGAAGUUCACGCUAAUGGAUAUCGAACAUUAAUUUUAUCGCAUGGCCAUGCAUGCUUACGAACUUUAGAGAUACUUAAACAAGUGAAGGCAAAACAUAUUGCUCGUUUGCAUCGUCGCAUACAUUCGUUGAAACUAUUGCAAGAACUUAAAUCCUGGACGAAAACUCUUAAAGUCAUGGAACACAUGCUGUCAUUGGCUGUUGGACUAGUCGACUGUUCGGAUAAACACUCAUUAUUUACUGAUUUUAGUCAAAUACCGUCGAAUAUUGAACUAGAUUAUUAUAAAAUGGUUGCGUAUGAUUCCAAACAUUUAUUCGGUAGAACAUGUGGAUUUCAAUUCAAUCGUUCUAUGGAAAUACUGCUUACUAUCAUAUUGGCGAGUUUCGCGGCUUAUUAUGACACCUAUAAUCGAUCAAAAACCGCAGCGGCAGCUAGUUUGGCAACAUCGUCGAAAUAUAUUUUAUUUCCUGAACAGCGAGCUAGAAAGUGUGCUGAAAUAUUGCGUAAUUGUGAUUAUUUAUUUUGUCAGUCGUUUUGGAAUCUUCUUGAACAUGAUUCCAUUAAAAAAGGAUCACGUUAUAUUGCUCCUAAUGUAACUGUAUCGAAAUAUUUUCAAAUUGGACCUGAACCUAUCGAAAUUAAUUCAAUUAUUGUUCCUCCACCAACAGGUCCGAGUAGUAUGCAGUCAAAACAGCUGGUGAAUAUUAAACUUUUGUCACACGAAAUACGAGAAGGCAUGGAUAAGCUAUCAUUACAAAGAGCUGAUUUAGAAGGAUCACCAAAAAUCGUAUUACCAAUGAGUGAUCAACUCCUGAUGCAUGUUCACGGUGGAGGUUUUAUUGCGACGUCAUCAGCAACUCAUGAAGUAUAUUUAAAGCCAUGGGCAUUGGGUUUGGAAAUACCUAUUGUAUCUGUUGAUUAUUCUCUUGCGCCUGAAUAUCCAUUUCCUCGUGCUAUCGAAGAAUGUUUUUAUGCAUAUGCAUGGAUUUUACAAAAUGCUAGUAAACUUGGUUGGACAGGCAAAACGAUUCUGUUUGCUGGUGAUAGUGCCGGUGGAAAUCUAAUAACUGUAGUGACCAUAAAAGCGAUUGAAGCUGGAUUAAGAAAACCAGAUGCAAUUGUUUGCUUUUAUACGCCAUUUCUUCUUCGUUAUAGUAUGUCACCAUCGCGAUUAAUGGCGAUGAUGGAUCCUUUAUUAAACACGAAUUUCCUUUGGCGAUGUGUAGCUGCGUAUGCUGGUAUUCAAUGUGAUGGUGAAUCACACAACGAUGAGCUUUCUUCAACAAGAGUUUCUACUGAUAAUAGAUUUGAUGAAAUGCAAGCAUCUAACUCUAAGAGAUUAUCACCGAAUCAACAAGUACUCGACAAUAAAAAUAAACCGCCAAGUAAAGAAUCUAGUACCAUAGAUUUGCAUCACGAUCGAUUAACUCAGAUAGUUGGCCCACGUCAACUAUGUAUUCUUCGAAAAUUAUCGGAAUCAAAAUUACUAGAUCAUCCUCACAUGUCACCGUUAUGUGUUUCAGAUGAAAUUCUUCGACAAUUUCCAACCACCUAUCUCAUACCAUGUGCACGUGGUAAGUUGAUAAGCUAUUGUAAAUCUUCCUUAAAAGUUAAAUUCUCUUUUAAAGAUCCAUUUAUUGAUGACAACAUUGAAUUUGCACGUCGAUUACGUUCUCUUAAUGUUCCUCAUCAGAUGACUAUUGUUGAUGAAUUACCGCAUGGCUAUCUUGAUUUCGGAAGUGUUGCACGUGAUGUUGGUGAAAAUAAUGCUAGAGUUAUUCACAUGCUGCAGAAUAUUGUUCGGCAAUCACAUUCCAAUGACAUUGCUGAUUUAACAUCGGCAUUAACUAUCACUUCGUAA